AAUGGAUAAAAUAAAAUGGAAGCUCUCGUGUUCCUUUCCAACGUCUUCUUACCUGUCCUGAAACAGCCAUCUUUUCAUUAAUUUAUAACCCGCUCAACUACUUCAAAAUUUAAACCCCACACUCCCCAAGUCCACGUCAUCAUUAAUUCCUUCUUUUCUUUUUCUUUUUCUUAAACCAAUUCCCGACAAAAUUACAAAAAAUAAAAAAUAAUUAAAAAAACAAGUACUCCAUUACCAAAUAUCCCCCUUCCCUUUCCUACUUCGCUUCUUCAGCCGUAAUUCUAAGACAUGGACGGCGGCCUGAACAAGUUCGCCACCGCGAUCAUCGCCGUCUUCGUACUCACUUUCCUACUACUCGUCGCUCAGAUCCUCUACUUUCUCUCUCGCCGGCGCGACCAACGCGGCGGUGAACCAAAUGAAAAAUGCUUCUAUAUUUUCUGCUGGCCGAGGAACCAAUCGCGGAUCGAACCUAAAGAAGUCGUGUCUAUUUCAAAAAUGAAUGGUGAUUGCGAAGGGGCGGUGGUGGUGGUGGAGAUGGCGGCGGUGGACAACGAGUUGGAGAAGUGGCAAGAACUGUGCGGACCUUCGAGAACGCUUUUCACUAUCAAGGAAGAAGAAGAAGAAAGAGAAGGAAUAAUCGAAUGUUUCGGGUACGAUCCUAUUCCUAAACUCAAAAUGGAUGAAGAUACGACGCCGUUUCAUACCCCCUGUGCUUCUCCUCCCUACUUCACCCCCUCCUCCUCGCCUACUCGUGACUCCCACGAUUUUCCGGCUGAUAGAGGUUGUUCCGAGGACAAUUCUACGACGCCGUUUUCCACUAUUCAAAUUACUACCACUCACUGAUUAGAUUACGCACUCUGACUCUCGUCGACGACAUGUCGGUCCACAAAGUUGCAUUUUGCAUGACUGGACGUCAGCUUUUUUCUGUUUUAAAUAGGAAAAAGUAGGGCCCACAUGAACCGACGGAUUCGACACCUCUGGUUUUACCGUUUUAUCUUUUACUUUUUGCUGUUUUCGUGUAAUAAUCCAGUGCGGGGAGGUGUAGGUGAACAUAUUGAAGCUUUUUCCUUUGCCAGCGUGGCGGUUAACUGCCAAAAUGCCUGUUCGUGGGCCCUGUUAAUAUUUCGGCCCAAGCCUGGGUCCAUAUAUGAAGGUUUGAUAGUUCGUUUUCUAUUUAA